UUAUCAGACUCUCUUCUUUCGCUAGAUGGUUUCUCGAUUUCCCUGCAUUAUUUUAUCACAGGGCCUCUCCAAGAUUCACUGUGCUAUUCACAUUUUAUUUUGUUCCUACAAUGUCUGUGAUGGCCAUGAAAUACCUGUGAAGUACUUGUUCCAAUCAUUAUAGUUGGCUUAACGUUGCAGGAAUGCUUGGAAUUGGUGUGAGGAAAAGACGGUGCAAGUCAAUAGCAAGAAGACUGGCUGUAGGAGUUCUAUUGACCAGUUUCAUGGUGGUAUUGCACUGCUUAUCUACCCCAGCAGUCCAACAAGUCAAUCAACAAAAGGUUACAUUGGCUCUGUCGUGUUCUCACCACUUGUCUCAAACAUGGGUCCACAAUUUGACCAACUACUCUCAAAGCAGAACAAGUCUGUCAGGGGAGUGUGUGCCCACAGUGGACAUCAUGUUCAUGAAGACCCACAAGACUGCCAGCAGCACAUUACUCAACAUCAUCUUCCGCUUCGGUGAGAAGCACGGUUUAAAGUUUGCCUUUCCUAAAGGUCGCAAUGACUUCUCCUACCCAUCCCCUUUCCUUUGCUCCCAUGUCAAAGACUUCCAGCCUGGGGUAUGUUUCAACAUCUUAUGUAACCACAUGCGCUUUAAUGGGCAUGAGGUGGCAAAGCUCCUCCCAGCAGACGCUGCCUAUUUCACCAUCCUACGAGACCCGGCAGAGUUGUUUGAGUCAUCCUUCCAUUAUUACAGCCGAGCGAUUCCCCUCACCUGGGGGAUCCACGGAGAUGGCAAACUGGCUGAGUUUCUGCGUGAACCCAUGAACUACUACACCCCAGAGAGCUACAACUCAUUCUACCUCAAGAACCUGCUCUUCUUUGACUUUGGAUUUGAUAACAACUUAGAGCCUCACCACCCUCUGGUGGAGAGGGGUAUUCAGACCUUGUCCCAACGCUUCCAGCUGGUCCUGAUGGCGGAGCAUUUUGAGGAGUCUCUCAUCCUGCUGAAAGAUACACUCUGCUGGACGAUGGAAGAUAUGCUGUUCUUCAAGCUCAAUGCCCGCAAGGACUCAUCUGUGUCACGACUGACCCCUGCACUAAGGGCCAAGGCCCGGGAGUGGAACGGGGCCGACUGGAGGCUCUACCAGCACUUUAACGCCACAUUCUGGGCCAAGGUGGAGGCAUACGGGUGGACACGGAUGGAGCAGGAAGUGAAGGAGCUGAGGAGGAGGAAUGCAGAAAUGGCUGCCAUGUGCAUUGAGGGUGGGGGAGCAGUGGAGGCUGGGCUGAUUCGGGACACAGAUCUGCUUCCCUGGCAGCCAGUUGGAGAGAACUCCAUCCUGGGUUACAAUUUAAGGAAAAACAUUGACCCCAAAUAUAGGGAACUCUGUCGGAAAAUGCUUACACCUGAAAUACAGUACCUAUCAGAGCUAGGGGUCAACUUGUGGCUCACAAGAUUAUGGGGUUGGUUAAAGGAUACUAUAUUCUAGCUAGAAACAAAUUUAUGGGAACAAUUUGGAUACAUUUUUAAGAGUAUAAACUGGGGCGGUGGGUGCUACUAGUAUAAUAUAUGUUUUUUUUAUGGUCAUACCAAGGAUCAUUUAGCUAUUUGAUUUUAAAUUGCAGAACCCCCUUUGGCCUUAUUGCUAUUAGCCCAUAGAAACACAUUGAAUGACAGAUUCAUACAUGGAAAAACAGAUAGUUAAAAAUAAUUCAUAAGGAAGUUUGUUUUAAAGUGUUUGUCCUAUGUCUGUCCUAUAUCAUCAGUGGAGGCUGCUGAUACCAAACACAUCAAACACGUGGUUUCCCUAUGUUUGAUACCAUUCUAUUGACUUCCUUCCAGCCAUUAUUAUGAGCUGUCCUCCCCUCAGCAGCCUCCACUGACUUCCAUACAUUUUUGUUCAACUGCUACCGGGCUACCUUCAGACGAGUUCUGUGAGCCUUGUGGGCAUCCUAGAGCAAACAACAUGUACGUGUUUGUGAGCCUCACCUUUCCAUACAGUGGUCAUAUUAGUGUGUAGCCCAAACUGUUUGGACGCUACAGACAGAAGUUGGCAGAUCGGCGGUACUGAAUUCAGACGAGUCCCAUGACGCUUGUGGGGGUCAUAGAGCAAUACGGAGAACAACCCCGUGUUCGUGAGAGUCUCAUUUUCCCCGAGUGGUCAUAUUAGUUUGCAGUGUUUGUCUCAUGAUCUGACAAACACUGCUGUAGCUCGGCCACCUUCCACCGCAGAUGUGGAAGGCCGCCAUUGGCAGAUGCGGUGGAUUGCAAAAAAAACUUUCUAUCUUAAACAGACGUAUUUUGAUGGCACAUGUUUUUAUUAUGCUAAUUCGCUUUUUCACGGGGGCUUGGAAAUCAACUGUAGGGGUGUUAAAUAACUUGUGGUUGCAAAUAAAGAUACACUUUGUGACUGACUCCUUAUGCAAUGCUAUCUUAUUGCAUUGAUGUAUAAGUGAAAGAGAGGAUCACAACAGCUAUGUGCUGAUUAAUCUCUAAAUUGUACAUAUUUGUUUUUUCUAAGUCAGCAUAUUACUCUCAGAGCUUGACUCUUGAAGCCUGCAUGAAAUCCUUUAUCCCUUCCUCUCAUACUGAAGAUGCCAAAGUAUGUUAUUCAGUAUUAAGGUGUAUGAAUUAGUGUGAAAAUCUUCAUUCACAAUUGUAAUGACAGUCGAUGUUCAUUAAAACAAGACAUG